AUGAACAUGAGGCACAUGACAGAGAAAACGCAAUUGGCACAUCUGCGGUAUUCCAAGAUGCCAAAGAGCAUUGACAACUGCAGUCUCGGUGCCAUGGGCCUCUGUGAACCUGUUUCAGUCCUGCGUCGGGGCAGAAGGAAGACGAGACUGCUGGCAUCUAUGGGACUGCAGCUGAGAGACAUUCAGGUGUUGUUUCUGGUACUGAUGCUUGUGAUUGAACCGUUUCUUCGCUGUGCCGCUGCGGCUGGUGGCAUGGUCCCCCGAACGAGAAUGGCCACGCCUGCAGCCGACGACGAUCCCUCGGUGACACUCACGAACUGCUUUCCCAGCGUUGUACUCAAUCCUUCCAACAUCCCAUACACCUGCGAAGUUAACGAUGCCCAAACACUGAUUGACUUGAACCUCUCCGCCUCGUACUACACCCCAAUAGGUCUCAUUCCUGGCUGGCCGGCGCCUCUUGAUGCGGGAACCAAUAAAAUUACAUUCAUGCCUAUUUGGGGGGCGCCUUCAGGACGUUGGGAAUUGGCCUUAACACGUAUUUCUGUUGAUGGAAGCUCUUACACUCCUCUGACGACCAAUAAGAGCAUGGACUUCAUGCUGAUUACUGCGACCCAUGCGGAUUUUGCUACACUCCAUCCGUAUUANUGCCCAAACACUGAGUGGCUUGAACCUCUACGCCUCGUACUACACCUCAGUUCUCAAUCCUGGAUGGCCGGCGACUCUGGACGAGAAAACCAAUAA